AUGGGAGUUGUGACGGGGUGGUGCAGGUGGGCGUAGUGGGCAACGGGGGGGCAAAACCCUGAAUGAGGCAAAUCAGCUCCUGCUUUGGCUGGGUGACAUUGGGAAAGCUGCUGCUGGCUCCUCAUGGCAGUGCUAGUCCAACAGCCACUGCCUCCAGCGAGAUGCUGCAGGUCUUGCCCUCGCAGGGAGGUUUUAGCAGCUUCACCUCUCUCAGUCCUGUCCUAAACAACCCUCAAAUCCAGGCACUGGGCCGUGGGGAGCCAUGGGGACUGUGCCCUGUGUGUCCUCCACAGCCUCACAUUGCCCUGUCCUGCAGGAAACGCCUUUCCCCGUGGGGUUCUGCCUUUCAGAUAAAGGGCAGCCACCUCCUCUGGCCUCCAGGAGCAGAUACCCCGUUACACAAGCCUUUCCUUGAGAAUGGUCGCCCUCCCCAGCUGUAAUUCUUCCUGGCAGUGGUUAUGGGACAACAAAAGAGGGGAUGCUGUGGUCCUGUGAGGUGAAGGACGGACUGACGGUCACCAGCAGAGCCACAGCAGUUAUUUAUCUGCCUCAAGGAAGAGAAAGCAGAGCUUUGGAGAGCUGAGGAGUGUGUUCUGUUGGGAAAGAGCUGUGUGUCAGACACAAACAUCCCCCCAGCUGUGGCGAGGGGAGAGAAAGGAGCCGCUGCCACGGAUCGAGCCCACUUCAGCACCUCUUUGGUUUGGUGUCUAGUUGGAUAUUUACCAGGAAGGAAGGAAGGUUAAAAAUAGGGUGACAGUGACUUCAAAGGGUGGUUUUGACUUCUAAGAAUAACACCUUUGCUGGUGCCAAUCUCAGGGAUAUCUGCUGUGCCUGGGUGUGAAAGGCACAGGCGUUGCAAGCUUGGUCAGUAGCCACAGGGACAAACCCAGCCCCAGCCCGUUGCUCUCGAGCUGCUGUUGCUGUGAGGGCUUGUGAAGCACCCACAGGGACACAGCAGGGAGAGCCUGGCGAAGGCAAAGCUGCCCAUGCUCCAGCCUGGCAGGGUGGGGAUGUGGUCCAUGGAGACUCCCUUCCCACGGGCGAUGCUGGUGCUCAUCGCGGUGCUGGUGGGGCUCUCAGGGCCCUGUGCAGCACGUGGGCAGCCCAACUUCAUUGUCAUCCUGGCAGAUGAUGUGGGCUGGGGGGAUCUGGGGGCCAACUGGGCAGAGACGAAGGAGACGCCGCAUUUGGAUGAGUUGGCUGCUGAAGGGACAAGGUUUGUGGAUUUCCACUCAGCUGCAUCCACCUGCUCCCCAUCCCGCGCCUCUCUGCUCACGGGGCGCCUGGGUGCACGCAAUGGGGUGACCCACAACUUCGCCAUCAGCUCAGUGGGCGGCCUCCCCCUCAACGAGAGCACCCUGGCCGAGGUGCUGCGGCACGCCGGGUACAGCACCGCGGCCAUAGGGAAGUGGCACCUGGGACACCACGGACACCAUCACCCCAGCUUCCGCGGCUUUGACUACUACUUUGGGAUCCCCUACAGCAACGACAUGGGCUGCACAGACAGCCCUGGCUACAACGUGCCACCCUGCCCGCCCUGCCCACGGCCCGGAGUGGCUGCCAGGGUGACGAGGAAGGACUGUUACACAGAGGUUGCCCUCCCUCUGUUUGAGAACGUGAGCAUCGUGCAGCAGCCCGUGGAGCUGGGCAGCCUGGCAGCGCGCUACAUGGAGCAGGCGGCGUGGUUCAUCCGGCGGGCGAGCGACAGCGGCCGCCCCUUCUUCCUCUACCUGGCUCUGGCUCACAUGCACGUCCCGCUGCAGCUGCCCCAGCCGCCCCCCGGCCCUGGGAGCAGCAUCUACGGAGCUGCCCUGAGCCAGAUGGAUGCCUUGGUGGGACAGAUAAAGCUCCUGGCUGACAGCCACGGGAAGGGCAACACGCUGCUGUGGUUCACAGGUGACAAUGGUCCCUGGGCACAGAAGUGUGAGCUGGCAGGACGCCCGGGGCCCUUCGUGGGGGCCUGGCAGAGGCAGCGAGGUGGGAGCUCUGCAAAGCAAACGACCUGGGAAGGAGGGCACCGGGUGCCAGCACUCGCCUACUGGCCCGGGCACGUCCCUGCCAAGCGCACCAGCCACGCUCUGCUCAGCACCCUGGACAUCUUCCCCACGCUGGUGGCCCUGGCUGGGGCGGCGCUGCCCCCGAACAGGCGCUUCGACGGGCUGGACGUGUCCCCGGUUCUCUUUGGGCACUCAGACGUGGGGCACAAGGUUCUGCUCCACCCCAACAGUGGGGCAGCUGGGAAGGACGGUGGGAUAGAGGCCCUGCGGCUGGCUCAGUACAAGGCGUUUUACACCACAGGAGGGGCGAUGGCGUGCGAUGGCAGCAUCGGGCCGGCCCAGCAGCACCAGCCCCCCCUCAUUUUCAACCUGGAUCGUGACGUGCAGGAGCAGGAGCCUUUGGACGUGGCCUCCAGAGAGUACCAGGCAGUGCUGCCUGCCAUCAGCAGGGCUUACACCCAGGCUCUGCAGGACCUGGCCACAGACAACAUCUCGGUGGCCGAUUACUCCCGGGACCCGUCGGUGAUCCCGUGCUGUGAGCCGGGGCGCGAGAGCUGCCGCUGUGCCCUGCUCACAGCCCCCUGCCCACGAGCACCACCCUGCCCUGGGCUCUCAGCAAGCCACAGCUCAAGCAGCUCCUUUCCCUGAGCCUGGGUUCUGUGAGCAAGGAGGGGCUGGCUGCAGGAGCAGAGGGAUGGAGGCUGCAGCCCCCUUUGCUCUGUGCUAUGAUCAGACAAUCAGAGAAUCAUUUUGGUUGGAAAAGACCUUUAAGCUCAUCGAUUUGCACCACUGACCUCACCUUGCCAAGCUCAGCACUAAACUGAACCUCAGCACCUCUGCUAUGCAUCUGUGCAGUAUCUCCAGGGCUGGGCACUCCCCCAGCUCCCUGGGCAGCCUGGCACAGGGGCUGACAGCCCUCUUAAGAGAAACCGUUCCUGCUAUGAAGCAGGGAGGUGAGUGGGUUGUGGGUCUGUGUGGGCACUUGGACAGUCUCCUUUGCUGCAGAGCAGGACCAUCACCCUGGCAGAGCAGGGCUGUGCAGCACCUGGUGGCUCUGGGCACGUGGAAGGAGACAGGCUUUUUGUAGAGCUCUUUAACUGAGGAGUCAGGUCUUGGAUUACAACCACCUGCAGUGAGAGAUGGCUUUGGGAGAGAACUCCUGUGGCUUUCCUCUAAAAUGGACCUUACAGCAGCAGCUGGUGGGAGCACAAGGCAGAGGAGGAUGAGGCCCACAGCCUCUGAGCAAACAUCCCCUCGUGCUGAGACCCUGGAGUCUGGCUGCAGAGAGGAAAUUCCCGUCUGGCCCCAGGUGAGUGAGUGCUCUGUGAGCAGAGCUCCUGCCCCAGUGGCUGCCAGGGGAGGUUUAGUAAUGGGCUCCUGUUAAAGACCCCACUGUCUGUAAGGGGAAGAGUGUCCUGGGCUCUCCCUGCCCAGGAUGCUCAGCUUGUCCCAUGGCUCCUCACACAGCAGAGCUCAGGGACUGCUGAGACAAGGUCCCAGGGCCCAGCAGUUGGAAAAGGCUUCAUUUGGGAAGGUGUAUGGGGCAGGUUCAUGAGGCAGACCUGGGGUUGCUGCUCCCUGGGAAGAGCAAUAGUGUAAGUGCAGAUUUGGUCAGGGUCAGGUCCCUGCCCCGAGGUCUCCAGGCAGAGGAGCUGCUCCUGCCAGGCCCAGCAUGAUGCCAGGGGUGUGGAUGGGGCCAGACAGCUCUUGGAGGGUCAUUUCUUGGCAGAUGCAUUUCUGGGGAGCCACAAAGGCAAAACCAAAAGUACAACUGAAACUGAAGAAACCACUGGGAUUCCUCAGCAGCUGAGUGAGGGUUUGCUCAAAGAGUUUUGGGCUCAAGUUUACACCCCCAGGUCUCCCUUUGGACAAGCUGUAAGUGAACUCAGCCAGGUGUGUCGGGUGCUGUGGGAGCAGCCUCGAACCAGCCCCCCAAACCCAUUCUCCCACUCAUAAAAUUUACCCAAGGCUGACAUCUGAGGGCCCCACAAAGAACAGCAGGAGCACAGGCAGCGAGCUGCUGGGGACAGACCGUGGCUUUAUUCUCUCUUUAGACAUAGCAACUGGCACCUUCUCUACCAACACAGCAAAAGUACUUGGGUGAAAUAGCUCUGUAUAUACUGUACAAAGACAUAAGUUUAAUAUCUCUUCCUGUAAGUACAUUUAUACACAUGAAACAGCAUAAAUUAGAAAAAAAAGGGGUCUAUAAAAUGGUGGUGACAUACAAAUGUGCUCAAGUCA